UCUUGGCUUAGUGAUGAUAAUAUUCGAAUUGCAGUUGAUGAUGUAUUUAAAGAAAUGGCAGCCUUAGCAAAAUUUUGUAGCAUAUUAAAUUCUCAUACAUUGGUUUCUUAUGAACUACUAUUAGCGAUUUUUACAGAACCAAAUGAAAAUUCUGAAAUACAAUUUCAAUCUUUAUCUAAUAAUGAAGCAAUUAUUAAUGGAGCAAAUAAAAUAUGCUAUUUGCCUGUUUAUGAAUAUAAUAAAUUAUCAGAUAAUCCUUUUCUACAUAAAGAGAUAUAA